AUGACAUAUGGUGCACAUGUUAAAACAACGAAAGAAAUAAAUGCUCGGUUAAAUAUGAAUGAAAAUGUUCAAAUAGAAACAGUUAUUGAAGUUGAUGAGUUGUUGACUGCCAAUGAAGUUCGUUUGGAGAACCAAUAUAAUGACAUUGAUGAUAACAUUUGGGAGGUAUAUAAACUGCUGCUGAACCUUGCAACAUUUUUCGGUUCCGACUCGACGCGACAAUCUUUGUUAAUCAUUUCAGAGAUGGUACAUUCUUCAUCGAGUUCUGGCAUCUUCUUUGAAGAAGAUGAACAGUCUCAAGGUCUACCGAAUUCACAUUUGAGCCCCUACAGCUACAGGAACUCAAAUUUAGUUCCACAAAGCAUGUACUCAAACAUGCUUCCCGUUUCUGGUGAUGUAAGCAUGGGUGCUAGUUCAGGGCUAACCAUGGGAGCAAGUUCAUUGGUGACAGAUGCCAAUUCAGGGCUUUCAGGAGGUAGUAGUAACCCAUGUAUCCAAAGAAGUGCAAGUAUCAACAAUGAAUCUUACAUGCGGUUACCUGCAUCACCAUUAUCAUUCUCUUCCAAUAAUGUUACCAAUAAUGCUUCUACUGCCACCUCAUUGCCUAAUCCAAGACUCGGACAAGUUCCUUUCACUGAAACUUCAAUGUUUCCUGGAUCACUUUAUUCAGAUCAUGUGGCGAAGAAACCUCGACUUGAUAUCAAACAUGAUGAUAUCUUACAACAGCAGUAUUUAAGACAGCUAUUGCAAAAACAAGAGUUGGUUCAGUCACAAAAUUCUAAUGCACAGUUACAAGCUUUAUAUUUACAGUCUCUGCCACCUGGACAGCGGGCCCACUUGCUUCAACAGCAGCAACAACAACAACAACAGCAGCAACAACAGCUCCAUCUGAGGCAAGCUCUUCAACAACCUGCAUCUGCUGUAAACCGAUCAUAUGAUGGUGGUGUAUGCUCAAGGAGACUGAUGCAAUACCUUUAUCAUCAACGCCAACGUCCAGCUGACAUUUCUUACUGGAGAAAGUUUGUGGGAGAGUACUAUUCUCCACGUGCAAAAAAAAGAUGGUGUCUUGCUUUGCAUAAUAACAUGGGACAUCACCCAUCAGGUGUAUUUUCCCCUGCAAAUCUGGAUGCAUGGCAGUGUGGUAUCUGUGGGUCAAAAUCUGGAAGAGGAUUUGAAGCGACAUUUGAAGUACUGGCUAGGCUUAAUGAAAUAAAAUUCAGUAGUGGUGUUAUUGAUGAGCUUUGGUUUCUUGACUUGCCUCGGGAAUGCCGAUUCCCCUCUGGAAUCAUGAUGUUGGAAUACGGGAAAGCAGUUCAAGAAAGUGUGUAUGAGCAAAGCCGUGUUGUUCGUGAGGGGAGGCUUAAAGUCAUUUUUACCCCUGACUUAAAGAUAUUCACUUGGGAAUUCUGUUCACGUCGCCAUGACGAGCUUCUUCCUCGUCGACUCAUUGCUAAUCAGGUGAAUCAGUUGUUAGAAGUUGCACAGAAAUGGCAAUCCACAAUUGCCGAAAGUGGAUCUGGUGGUGUAUUGCAGCAAGAUUUGCAGGCUAACAGCAAUAUGAUUGUGGCGGCAGGGCGGCAGCUGGCAAGGAGCUUGGAGUUGCCAUCUGUAAAUGAUUUAGGUUUUACGAAAACAUAUGUGAGGUGUUUACAGACAGCUGAAGUUGUCAACAGCAUGAUGGACUUGGUGGAUAUUACCCGUGACACCAAAAUUGGCCCUAUUGAGGCGUUGAAAAGCUUCCCACGGAUGCAAAAAGUACAGGGCAUGGGAAUGGGACAGGUGUCAAGCAUUCAGGGACUCCAGGCUGACCGGAGGAUGAACAGCAAUAAUUUUCAGAUGGGAGGAGGAUCAACUCCACCACCCUUGGAGUACCAGAACAUGUUAAUGAAACAACGUUUGAUUAAUUCAAACUCCCAACAUGAGAUUGAUGCCUCAACCUGUUUCAACAACUCUAUCCACAACCGAAUUCAUGUUGGCUAUCAACAGUUUCCAGGUCUCCAAGCUCAACAGAAUGAGCACCACCCACAAGGUGUUGGUGGUGGUGGAGGGUCAAAGCCGUCGGUGUCUGGUCAAAGUGCGGGUGAGGCGAGUAGGAGCAAUAGUUUUAAAGCUGGUUCACACAGUGACUCGUGUGCAGAUGGUGAGAAAAUAGCAGCAGCAGCAGAUAUGCCUGAGUUUGUGGACAGUAUGUUUAUUAAUACCAAUGAAUGUGAGGAUGGCGGGAGUUAUGGCUGGAAGGCAUGACACCCUGGAAUAUAUAUAUAUCAUUGUACAGUGGCCCCCCCCUUUGCUUUUUUUUUUUUUCAUCUAUGGAGUUGAUGCAAUCUGAAUCUAUGGGUGCAA